CAUAAGUCUAUUAUAUCUCAAGCAUUACCGCCGGAAUCUGUCUGUCUUAUACCUCCGCCGCCGGAAGUCUCGCCGUGCUGAGAGAACUGUGCAAUCCGAAUAAUCCCUCUCUCCUAUUUGUUUGGUCUUGGGGUCUUGUUUCUUCGAUUGAUCUUUUCUUUCGCACUCCACCUGUUCGACAAAAUACUCAGCCUAGAGAAACCCCGCUGAACCAAAACCGCCAAAUUGAAGGGAAAAAUUUACGAAAGAUGAAUCAAUCGAAGGAUCCCUUCGAGGCUGCGUACGAGGAGCAGGAAGAAUCCCCGCCUGAUUCACCGCUUGCCCCUGCCGACUUCGACCGCCGACCAGCUUCUCCUCCUUCCGCUGCUGCACCCGCUUCUCAGAACGCAGCCACCGCCCCAGAUGACGAAGAAACCGACCAUGUCAAUCCUUCCGACCCUUCGCCUUCGGCUCCCGCCUCGGCCUCCGCUAAAAUUAAGGGCAAGAGCAAGGAGGAAGACGAAGAUGAAGAGGAGGAGAACAUGGAAGUUGAGCUAGCUAAGUUCCCUGCAAGUGGCGACCCUAAUAAAAUGGCCAAGAUGCAAACUAUUCUAUCACAGUUCACAGAAGACCAGAUGACUAGAUACGAAUCGUUCCGGAGAUCUGCCCUUCAGAAGGCUACCAUGAGAAGGUUGUUGGUAAGCAUUACAGGGUCACAAAAGAUUUCUAUGCCAGUAACCAUUGUAGUUUGUGGGAUAGCCAAAAUGUUUGUCGGUGAACUUAUUGAAACAGGUAUGGAUAACGCGUACCGCUUUAGUUUAUCAGACAGAUAAGUUACUUCAGUGUUCGUAGGACAGUAAGUUCCCAUAGUUGGCGUUUCAAAAGAUUAGAAAUCUUUCAGUUGAUUUCGUUCUACCAUAUCUGUUGGGGUGAAUUUCAAUGAACUAACCCUAUGGUGUGUUUCCAUAUGUGUUUGUAGCAAGAAUGGUGAUGACAGAAAGAAAUGAAUCUGGACCAAUAAGACCUUGUCACAUUAGAGAAUCGUAUAGACGACUAAAGCUCGAAGGGAAAGUACCAAAAAGAUCAGUGCCAAGGCUCUUCCGUUAGAUCCGUUUGGACGCUGACUUGCUGGUCGAUUGUUCACGUUUUCACUGAUUAAAGGUCUCCAGGUUACAACUUAUAAAUCAGUUCCCGCACAAUAUUGUUUCCUAUAAGCUUUCAAUCAAUAUGCAAACAUAUGGAAUGGUGGGGUUCUUAUUCCUUGUAGCUUGGCAUUUAUUAUUUCAACCUAUCAUGACUGUGGGAGGCAAGUGUUUGAUUCAGCAUGCCAUGGAAAGCAAAGAGCGACUGUUUUUGCAAUUAGUUAUAGUCUACUGGUGAUGGGCAAUUGUUCUGUAAAUAUGAUUCGCCGCUGGUGAUUAACUGAGUGUUUUAGGAAUUUGAUAAUCGUAGUGGGGCUAGUGGCAUUCUAUCCGGGUUCCGUAGGCUAAAAAUCUCCGGCUUGGUUUGUGCAUAAUGGAAAACAGUCAUUUGUGGACAUUGGUUGAUGAUGCAUCGAUGCUAGAAGCAUAGAGUUAUCGUUCUGUU